AUGUCCUUUGGAUAUACCCUCAAUAUUGGACCAAUACUCGCUUUUGCAAAAGUAGUAGGCACGUUUCACUUCAACAUCACUCUUCUCUCAAUUGAUGCUCCUAACUACCGGAUCACAGCUUCAAAAGGACAGGAAUUCCUCAAAGGACAUAUGAUGGAAACAUUUAUAUUGUUAAAUCAAGGAGAUGGAGAAAUCAAGGAAGGUAUUAGUGGAGAUACUCUAAAGAUAUCGCCACCAGAAAACAGAAUGACGAAGAAGGUGUCAAUUACAGCUCUAGUUAUCACCACCGCCUUAUUUAUUUGCUGUGGAUGUUUUGGAUAUGUUGCUUUUGGCAAUGGGUCACCUGGAAAUCUAUUGAUGGGAUUUUAUGUCGGACACACCACCACACAAAUUUUUAAAAAAAUAUUGACAGGGCACAUCGACGACAUGAUUAAAUUUUAG